AUGGCGCGUCCUCGCCGUCGGCCUCGCCUUCAUCACAACCACCGCGGCGUCGACUGCGUCGCCGACGUCCCGGCCUCCCAUGCGCCCCGCGCCUCGUCUCGCUCCGGCGUGUGUGUCGGCACCUCCCCGCGCCGGAUGACGCCCCAGCCGUGCGCCCGUGACGCCCCGUCGCCCGCGUCCGCGCGUUUCCGCUGGCGCCCUGCGUGUCCGUGCACUGCGGAGUGGCUGCUGCUCUGCCCGCGUCCGUACGUCCGUGCGUUCGCCGCUGCUCCGCCCGUGUCCGCGUGCCGCCAAGCAGACGCGGCUGUGCCCGGGGCCUUCGUCCGGCUCCACGCGUUGCACCUCCGUCUGACUACCUGCACAGCGCCGGCUCCGGCUGCUCCAGGCCUGCGUGCCGGCCUCGCCCCGCUGCUGCCCCUCACCAACCGCCCCGCGUCCAGCCUCGCCUGCGCCUGGCUGCCGGGUCGCCGUGCCGGGCUCUCUCCGGCUUCGCGUCCCGCGCCGGCCAGGUCGCCGCUGCCGCCUCAUGAGCGUCGGCCCCGCUCGCCGGCUCCGCGUCCCGCGCCCGCCGGCUUGCCGCUACCGCCUCCCGUGCAGGUCCUCUCCGACGCACCCGCCAGCUUCAGCGCCUCGCUCCUCCCCUCCACCCGCACCGGCCCCGGGCCGGCUCCGCCCCACACGCGCAUGGCGCCUCCCGCUCCGCCGACCGCCGGCUCCGCCUCCGCCCGUGGCCGGGUCACGCGUGCCGGCUCCGCCUGCCAACCCGGCGACCCGGCGCUCGGCCGGCUCCGCCUCGCCUCCCCUCCCGCGCGCCCGCUGGCUCCGCUGCCGGCCUCCCGCGCCCGACGGCUUCGCCCCCUGCUCCAUUGCCCGCGUCGCCGCGGCUGCGUCCGGGAGGGCCGACCCCGUUUGCUGCUCCUAUAG